AUGGUAAUUAGUACUGAGAAACUGAUCAAGUUAACAAGAAAGUGGCAAAAGGAGGCGGAACCUAAGAGAAGAAGAGUCGCAUAUUCAGUGGCCGAGAAAGGUCAUUUUGUGGUGUAUACUAGUGAUGGAAAACGGUUUAUGGUUCCCUUAUCAUAUCUGAAAAGCCAAGUGUUUAGAGAGCUGUUUCGUAUGGCAGAAGAAGAGUUCGGAGUGCCUACUGAUGGACCGAUCACACUGCCUUGUGAUUCCAUUUUCAUGGAGUAUUCAUUGUUUAUUGUCAGGAAACAUGCAUUUCUUCAUCUCUCCUUAUCAAACUUCUGCUGCUCAUCUUUGGGAUUGGAUUAA